AUGGCUGAAGAUUCUCAACCUGCCUACCUCUCGCCUAGCGAGCUAGGCACCAAAGAUUACUGGGAAACCUACUACGCGCGCACCCUAGCCCACAUCUCGCACGACGGCGCAACCCCCAAAGAAAAAGAAAAUGGAAAUGAAAACGAAGACGAAGACGAAGAUGCCGACUCAGACGCCGACUCAGACCUCAACGAAGAAGACGACCCGGGAACAUCCUGGUUCUCAGAACACAACGCACCGGAAAAGGUCCUGCACUUCCUAACGCGCAAGUCAUUCCCGCUCUCACCGCGCAACACUCUCAAAUCCACGCCGAACGCGCUGUCCCGACCGCAGCCUACCGUCCUCGAUCUCGGAACUGGAAAUGGAAGCAUGCUGGCAUUACUGCAGAAGAAGGGCGGGUUCCGCGGACACAUGGUUGGAGUUGAUUACUCGCGCGGCAGUGUCGAGCUUGCGAGGGAAUUGCAAAAGAGUAGGGGUCAUUCGGCUUACCGGAGUGAUUCUGAGGAUGAGGAUGAGUCUGAAGAUGAGGAUGGAGAGGACGUCGAGUCCGAAUCUCGGAUGGAUAUCGGUGCACCGCCUAUCCAAUUUGAGGAAUGGGAUAUUCUGGGCUCUACGGCUGCGCUCUCGGAAACGGGGGUGCCUGUUGAAAUGGCAGUAGCUGCUGGAGACGGGGGCCGGUUGGAUUGGUUUCCCUAUUCGGCUGGGGGCUUUGAUGUAGUUCUGGACAAGGGGACUUUCGAUGCCGUCUCGUUGUCUGAUGAUGCAAAGACGACUCGUGUUUGUGAGCGGUAUCCUGAGAUUGCGCGCCGGUUGGUGCGACGCGGUGGGUUUUUGGUCGUCACUACUUGUAAUUGGACGGAGGAAGAGCUUGUUCAUUGGUUUACUGGUGGUACGGAGAAGGGGGUUGGGGAGGAUAGGCUGGUUGUUUGGGGACGGGUUGAGUAUCCUCGUUUCCGGUUUGGGGGACAUGAGGGUCAGGGUGUUUGUACGGUCUGCUUCACUAGGGUUGGGGGUGAUGCUUAG